UCCGUUGAACGGCGGGCCGCUAGAAUAUAGUCUGCCGUGGAUCGUCGGACCGUUCAGUCUUUUGUGUCGUUUAGUAUCAUCCGAUUCGUGUGAUCGACAGCACAGCUCAAAUUUUUUUUCUUUUUUUUCUAAUUCCUUGAAGUAACUAAAAACACAAAUCAAAAUGGCUGAUGAUGAGAAAAAGGCAGCUGCUCCCGCCGCAGCACCAGCUGCGGCUGCGGCAAAACCGGCGGCGCCAGCAGCGGCUGCGGCCAAACCGGCAGCGCCAGCUGCCAAUGGAAAGGCGCCGGCAGCUGCGGCCGCGCCAGCCGGCCCGCCCAAGGAUCCCAACGAUCCGAAAGUGAAGGCCGAGGAGGCAAAGAAGGCUAAACAGGCUGAGAUCGAGCGCAAGCGUGCUGAGGUGCGCAAGCGCAUGGAGGAAGCUUCCAAAGCCAAGAAGGCCAAAAAGGGUUUCAUGACCCCAGAAAGGAAGAAGAAACUCAGGUUGCUGCUGCGUAAGAAAGCCGCUGAGGAAUUGAAGAAAGAACAGGAACGCAAAGCGGCUGAACGUAGACGCAUCAUUGAAGAACGUUGCGGCAGUCCCAGGAAUCUCAGUGAUGCCAGUGAAGACACACUGAAAACUUUGAUCAAGCAACACUAUGACAGGAUUAAUAAAUUGGAGGACCAGAAAUAUGAUCUUGAGUAUGUUGUUAAGCGCAAGGAUGUUGAGAUCAACGAUCUCAAUGCCCAAGUUAACGAUCUUCGCGGCAAGUUCGUCAAGCCAGCCCUGAAGAAGGUCUCCAAAUACGAAAACAAAUUCGCCAAGCUGCAGAAGAAGGCCGCUGAGUUCAACUUCCGCAACCAACUUAAGGUCGUGAAGAAGAAGGAGUUCACACUGGAGGAGGAAGAGAAGGAGAAAAAGAUAAAAGAUGCCGCUGUGCUUACAAAAGCCAAAAAGUAAGAAACCCGACUGGUCCAAGGGCAAACCCGGCGAUGCCAAGGUGAAGGAGGAGGUUGAGGCCGAAGCUUAAGUGUCCACACUUCCACUAGUGUCCACUGACCCGUGACUCCCGCCCUAAACAAUAAUUGAGAUUAUUAUACAACAAUUUUCUGAAGCAAUACAAUUUAUAUAAUUCUAUUAAAUAUAUAUCUAAAAAUAUAUAUACAUGUAUAUAUCUCGCCAUAUAUAUGUGCCAUAUGAAUAUGAACAGAAUGAAGUCAAUAAACCAAAACAGCAACAAUUAAAACCAACUCAAAA